AUGUCAGAACAGUUGGCAUCCUUUUCAAUGCUUCAGUUUCUCAUUGCGCGGUAUGUUAGACUUGGUGAAAAAAAAAUAGAAAAGAAGAGCAAUCUUACGGGGACAAUACAGGAUUUACCUGCACAAAAGUCAGCCUCCAGAGGAAGGGCCUCACUGAGGCAUAUGCAUGAGCUGUACGAGACAGUGGCAGAGAUGACUGUCGAACCCAUUAGUAAAGAUGAGCCGGAUGUGAAAGCAUUUUUCAAGGUGCUGAGGGCACACCGGCUGCAGAGCAAGGUUGUCUACGUGUUGACGCUGGUCUCCAUUGUGGCAAUAUCUCACUUUGUUCUCACAGUUCGUUGGCUGUUGCCAUAUUACUACUCACUGACCACACCGGUGUUGCUAAUGUUGAGACUCUACAUGUACUGGAGAAUGAAAUAUCAGUACUUCAUGUUGGACUUCUGCUAUUUCGCAAAUAUAUAUUGGUAUAUCUACAUAUGGGUUGCCCCAGAACGUGAAGACGUGUUCGCCGUUGGAUUUGCAGUUGCUAAUGGGCCGCUCAUUUGGGCUUUGCUUGUGUUUAGAAACUCACUAGUUUUUCACAGCUUGGACAAAGUAACCUCUCUUUAUAUACACCUUUUGCCAAGCCUAAUGUCAUUUGUAAUUCGAUGGUACCCGAAAGAAACAUCACAAAGAUGGUACAAGCCUUUCCCAGAAAGCCAGUUUGGCUUUUCCUUUGUUUGGCUGGUUUCAAUCCCUUUCGUCUUUGUAGUUUUACAUCAGGUUGGGUAUCUUAUUCUUGUGAAUCUCAUACUCAAGCCAUCCGAGGAGUACUUGAAUCUGUAUAGAUACGUCACAAGAAAGGAAACCUCACUCAUGUUCCGGUUGUGCAACCUUCUGGGUCCAAGGUUCCGUGUUCACCUCUACAUGAUCUGGAACCUCACAUUUAGCUUGUCCAUGCUUCUGCUGACCCCAGUUUGGUACAACUUCUUCAUCGCCCACUGUGUUAUCCUGGUCAUCUUCAUCAUCCUGGCUAUUUUUAAUGGUGCCACCUACUAUAUCGAUGUUUUCAGUUUGGAAGGAGUUGGCAAAAACAAGGUGCCACCAGGAGAGGUCACUGUAGAGGAUACUGGUCACAAAAACAAGGCAGUGAAGUACGGCACCAUGGUGACUUGUUUAACCGGUGGUAGCAGCAUUGUGACGACUAAAACCGUUCUACAUGCCUGA